GAGCACAUUCUUGUAUCUUUUUUUCAUACCACUUGAUUUUUUGGUGCAUAUGAUUAAUUUAUUCUUAGCCUUUUUGUACGAAUUGAACAUUUUGAGCAAAAACUGGAUAGAAAAUGAGAUUGUUUAUGCAGCUAACUUUGAGCACCGUGCUGCUAACAUAAGUUUAUAAAUGGAAAAGGUAGAAAGUAGGUAGCAUCAGAGCACUUUUUAGACCUUAACUAAAGAAUGAUCAUAACUGAUUCUCUUUCUUUGUGUAUGUGAUUCCAAAUUCACAAACCACUCCAAGAUUUCAAAUUAUCAAUUUGAGAUCCGGCUCCACUUGAGUUAGUAAACUAUCAAGUAACAAAGAUGUACCAUGGUGUAAGGCUGGAUUUUGCUUCUAAACUCUAAAGUAUAGCUGAAAAGUGAAAACUCAUGCUGGAUUCUGUUUUCAACUCAAGUUUCUUGUUCAGGUUCAUAGCCAAAGGCCAAAAGCCUUUAAGUAUUCUGCUUUAGAGUAAAACCACUCUGUGACCCCAGUUCUGUAUGGUUUGCAGGAGUGGACUUAAAGAAUGGUCACCAACUACAGUGUGCAUUAGCUAAUUACCAUGGGGUGCAUUUCUUCAAAGGAAAUAAUUGCCAGAUCAAUCAGUUUCCAUGAAGAGAGAAAGCAUAGAUCACAUAGAACUGUAAACGGCAUUCCAUUGCUAGAAGAUUUUAUCAUCUCCGCAAUCGGCAGUGGCAAGUACCUAACACUUGUCCGCGCUGCUAACUCAGUCUCCAACAAGCUGAACUCUAGGAGCUAUAGUGCAAACAAGUCCUCAAAACCUGCUAUUGAGUCUGCCAGUUCUGAAACUGUGGAGAAGUUGGAGCUAUCAGCAAAACUAGGCCAAGUAAAAGGGAAACAAUUUGAAAGUGAUAACAGAAACAGGUCCAAAAGUUGGCAUUAUUUUCUUGAGCAUAUUGAGCACUCUCUUGCUCAGGAGAAUUUAUCUGGUUUUGAAGAUAACAUGACUUGAGCUCCAAGGGUGCUGUAGGUAGCAGGAGUUUCCACACAGUGGAGGAAUAUGAUGGUAUAGUUAAUAAAAUUUGGUUGAACAAGUCCAAUAGAGUUCAGCAACGUGGGUUUAAUGAAGAAGAUGAUUCGGGAGGCAACAUGGACAUUCAGGAAAUGCAACCAGAAAGCAAUGAAGUUACUCCAAGUCCUAAAAGGCACAUUCCAAGUUCAGGUAUAAAAAAUGAGGAAGUGAUUGCAAGUCAUAAAACAAGAGUGCUUGCUGCUCAAGGCGUAAGAAGCACCAUUGAGAAGGGAAAUAAGAGAAAGGCUUUAGCAAAGAGGCUAGAAUCACUUAAAAUCCCAUCCACCAUUGAAUCUCCAGCCAUUGCUAGUCUAAGAGAAUGGCUCCCUGCAGAUGGAAUAUAUUCUUCGGGAUCCUAUGUCACCCCAAAAUUUGGCAGCUAUUCUCUAAUGAACACUAGGAUUGCAAAUGAAUCCAGUCAGGAAUCUAUAUUUAGCCCAGAGCUGGUAUCUGCCUUUGAACAGUGCAUGCAAAAUCUUGAUGCAGAGGAAGAAAAGAUUCUGAAACAAAUUUUAGAGAAUGUGGAGGAAGAAAGUGAUGAAAGAAUUCAACCACAAGAAAGAACUCAUGUCCUCAACCAGGCAGGCAUAACAGGUUAAAUCCAUACUUGAAGUUGAAGGUUAGUGUUGCUAGUAUACUAUUUAAGUUCUUAAUGUGGAUUCAUUUUAUUUAUAAGAAAAGAGGAAUAGAAAAUGAAAAAUGUUCUAUAAAGUUGAAGGAGCAGCUUAGUUAUCAGUGGCAGAACACUGAAGAGACCCAAUAUAUUAAUGAAUAGUUCAAAACAAUGAUCAAAAGCAAAGAGUUAGAGUGCAACUUGCUGGUGUGUAUAACCCUUUUAUAUGAGUUCGCAAGCUUGCCAGAAUAUACUGUUAUACUGAGUUUGUUUAUUGCACAACCUUUACUCAAUUUUUAAGUUCUUAGCAAA